AUGUCGGUGGAGAUACUGCUUCCCAAACCGUCCUCGACCCUCGCCGCAGCUCAGGGCAACAUGAAGGAACAUAUCCGCUCAGUGCAAGGUGGCAGUAACAGAAUUAUUCACCACAGUGCUGCUGCGUCUUCUGGGCAUCAGCUAACUCAUACGUACAGGGUCUCCACGGCGACAUCUGUUCGAAACAACCAGGAUAUUAGCGGACAUUCCACGGAUCUGCAGCUGCAGCAGCAGUUCGACCAUAGCCAUAUCAUCUACGACUCUUCAACAGAUACGACGUAUUUGAGAGGUCGACUUUUGGGCAAGGGAGGAUUUGCGCGAUGCUAUGAGAUUCUGAACCUUAACACCAACAAAGUCUGUGCUGGCAAAAUCAUCAGCAAAACUAGGAUCGCCAAACCACACCAGAAACAGAAAAUUCUUCGCGAGGUACAGCUUCAGAAGAACCUCAAGCACAAGCAUGUGGUGGAGUUCAUCAACUACUUCGAAGAUGACAGUAAUGUUUACAUCAUCCUGGAGAACUGCAGCAGAAAAUCACUGGUGCAUGUGCUGAAACACAGGAAGUACAUGACAGAGCCGGAGGUGAGGUACUACCUGCGUCAGCUGGUGGAAGGAGUGGAGUACAUCCACGGCAACCAGAUCAUCCACCGCGACUUGAAGCUGGGAAACAUGCUGCUGAACCAGGACAUGGAGCUCAAACUGGCAGAUUUUGGCCUGGCAACCAGGGUAGAUUUUGCUGGAGAAAAGAAAAU